ACGGACCACAACCUGGACAACACGACGGCGAUGCUGCAGGAGUGGCUGGGGGCGGUGGGGAAGGACUAUCACUCGGUGGCCUGGAAGGUGCAGGAGGAGCCCAGCUCCUACCCUGAUGAGCUGGGGCCCAAGCACUGGAGCGACAAACGCUACGAAAACCUGAUGAAGUUGAAGCAGGAGGCUCUCACCUACGCCCGGGAGCAGCAGGCAGACUACAUCUUGUUCGUGGACACCGACAGCAUCCUGACCAACAACCAGACCCUCAAGUUUCUGAUGGCGCAGAACAAGUCGGUGGUGGCCCCCAUGCUGGACUCGCAGACCUUCUACUCCAACUUCUGGUGUGGCAUCACGCCCCAGGGCUACUACCGCCGGACAGCCGACUACUUCCCCACCAAGAACCGGCAGCAGGUGGGCUGCUUCCCCGUCCCCAUGGUCUACGCCACCUUCCUCAUCGACCUGAGGAAGGAGGAGACCUCACAGCUGGCUUUCUACCCACCCCAUCCCAACUACACCUGGGCCUUUGAUGAUAUCAUUGUCUUCGCCUACUCCUGCCUGGCAGCUGGUGUGGAGGUCCAGGUGUGCAACCAGCAGCGCUUUGGCUACAUCAAUGUCCCCGUGAAAGCCCACCAGACACUGGAGGAUGAACAUGCCAACUUCGUGCAUCUCACGCUGGAGGCCAUGGUGGAUGGUCCCCCCAUGCAGCGCUCCAGGCACAUUUCCCUCCUCCCCAGGCCACUCACAAAAAUGGGCUUUGAUGAAAUCUUCCUCAUCAACCUGGUGCGGAGGCCGGACCGGCGCCAGCGGAUGCUGGCAUCCCUGCAGGAGCUGGAGAUCACCCCCCAGGUGGUGGACGCUGUGGAUGGGAGCGCCCUCAACAGCAGCGACAUCAAGGUGCUGGGGGUGGACCUGCUCCCCGGGUACUAUGACCCCUUCUCUGGCCGCACGCUCACCAAGGGUGAGGUUGGCUGCUUCCUCAGCCACUACAACAUCUGGAAGGAGAUCGUGUCCCGGGGGCUGGAGAGGUCGGUGGUCUUCGAGGACGACGUGCGCUUCGAUGAGGAUUACAAGCAGCACUUCACCCCCCGGGACCUGCUGGUGUUUUCAGCUCGUCCCCUCCUGGUUUAUCCCACCCACUACGCCGGGGACAGCAACUGGCUGAGUGACACCGAGACCUCCACCAUCUGGGAUGACGAUGCCAAGAAGACGGACUGGGCUGGCUCACAGAAGAGCCUGAGGGACUCGCAGAGCAGCACCAGCCACCUCCGUUCUGCUGCCCGUGAUGAGCUCUGA